AUGAGCAGGAGUCUGACAGCCAUCCUAGGUUUGGCCUCUCUUACUUUCCUUUGUCUUUUAUACUCGGCGGCGAACGAUAUUGUCAAAGUCGUCUCGCCGCAGGGAUGUCGGAUGUCAUGGAUGUCCCCCUCGUACAUCCUCCAGACGCGUUUCGACCAGUCAUGGACUCCGCUGGCGAACAGGUACUCGCUAUGGCUGUAUCGCGAGGUGGGGUGGCAGCCGAAUGAGGUGCAUGGUCUUCCUGUGCUUUUCGUGCCAGGCAACGCCGGCUCGUCGCACCAAGUGCGGUCGAUAGCCUCCUCAGCCGCCAGACAGUACUACUCUUCGCCGUAUGUGAUUUCAGAGGAGUUUUCUGGGAGGGAGCACGCGAAGCCCCUGGACUUCUUUGCUGCCGAGUUCAACGAGGAUCUCUCAGCUUUCCAUGGACCAACGAUGGAUUCUCAGAUAUCAUACACGUCAGCUGCGAUAUCCUAUAUCCUCUCCCUCUACCCGCCCGGCACACAGGUCAUCCUCAUGGGCCACUCCAUGGGCGGAGUCGUCUCCACCGCUCUCCUCGAUUCAUCCAACAUCUCUGCGCUUAUCACAAUGUCCACGCCCCACACUCUCCCACCCGCCAGCUUCGACGCACGCAUGGACGCGCUGUACGCACAGAACCUGCAGAUUCUCCAGGAAAGCCCGACGCCCGUGUUGUCCAUCUGCGGCGGCGUGACGGACACGACGAUCCAUUCCGAGUCGUGCAUCCUACCGAGCGCGACGAUCGCGCAAAAAGCGGAGCUGGAGCUGUAUAGGCGGACGGUGUUCACGUCCGCGCUGGAAGGCGCGUGGACGGGCGUCGGGCACCGCGAGAUGGUGUGGUGCCACCAGGUGCGGUGGCGUGUCGCGCGCGCGGCGCUCGAGCUGGCCGAGGCGCGGUCGGGUGCGCAGAGGGCGGUUGUGCUAGAUCGGUGGCUGAGGGAUGGGCAUGAUUUGCCACCGGCGGGGUGGCAGACGGAGGGGAUGGCGCUUGGCGAGAGGUCGUCGUACGAGGCGCUCCCGGAGGGUAUGCAUCUCGUGUUGAAGAAACCCCAAGGGAUACACGAUUACCUUUUGCCCGUGCCCCUGGAUGGCGACGGCUCCAAGUUCGUGUUGUAUGUCUCGCGGGGUGCUGUUGGGCCUGUGUCUCCACAACAUGCUAUCUCAUUGAAGGCGUCGGUGUUCCGCUGCGCGCCUCCGUCAGACAGUGCGGAUUCAGCAGCGCCACCAGCCUGUCAAAGUUUACCUCCCACAACACUCAAGCUUCUCCCACAUCCCAUUCCUGGGAAGUCUUUCCCCGUUCCGGACGAGGGCUCAGACGAGAGUGAGGGCGUUGUCCUCUUUGAGGUGGAUGUUCCGCCAUAUUUGGGGGAAGGUGAAUGGGUGGGUGUACAUAUUGAAGGUCACGAAGGCGGCUGGGUCAUAGGCGGCUUUGAAAGAAGUGAGCUCGUUGUCAGCGACAUUUCGACAUUCGACUUGCUCCUUGGCAAGGCCUCGAUAACGUUCCCCAGCGGCGAUCGGCCAGCACUCCGAACAUCCAUCCGCCUUCCCAAGCUCACUGUAGACGCUAUCUUGGUAUACCGCUUAGUCCCUCAACACGCAGAGGCUCAAUCCUCUUGCUCCGAACCCCUCCUAGCCCCUCUCCUGCAAUACACCUCCCACUCUUCCGAGAUACAUUAUUUCCCACUCACGCAUGCCAAGUCCGUAGCUCUGCACACGCACAGCACCGCCCCGUACGUCCCGCCCGUGCGUGACGCCCCGUCCAAGGGAAUCGCGAUGACGAUCUACUCCUCCAGCCAGCCCGGGUGCGAAUCGGUCCUGUCGUUCGAUAUCGCGAUCGACUGGUGGGCGAGCGCCGGGCGCGCGGCGACGCGGUUACCGGCGACGCUCGUGUGCUGGGCUACCGGGGUUGUGUGUCUACUCAUGCUGUGCGCGUGGCGCGAGGGCCGCAUGCGGCGGCAUGGUAAGGGGAUCUCGAGCGUGCAGGAGAAGUUUGGGUUGUUUGUGAAGGGGAUGUUGCCGAAGGUGCUGUUGGCGUCGUUCGUGCUGGCGUUGGUUCCCCUCCCGUCGAGCUUGUACCUCGGGACGCGGGGAGAGCCGCUGUUUGCGCCGUUGGCGCCGUUGAUUGUGAUGACUGCGACGGGAGCUGUGAUUAUUAGCUGGUGGAUGCUGUCAUUAGUGUUGAUGCCGAUAAGAUGGGUGAGGAGACGGUUAGGCGGGAGAAGCAAUCCACAGCCUCAUGAAUCUGGCCCAAUGCGCAGGAGCACUGUCGCAUCGAUGACGUUUAUCCUUCUGCUCAUCUUCCUUCUCAUCCCGUGGCAAGUCGCAUUUUUGGGCUGCUGGAUCAUCCAGCUAUCCAUCUGUACCGCCCCAGAAGAUCUCCAUCCUGCCGACAACCCCGACCGAGAUGCCCGCCAAGAUGCAAUGGGCGGUGCGAUACCACUGCUAGACGUAAACGCCAACGCCAACGCCAACGAAGACGAAGAUUCCGAUGCAAUCAGACCUCCCUUGCGUUCAAAUACUAAUUUCUCGCCUCCCCCAUCACUUAGACACUCAACAUCAACGAAUCAUGAAAACGAGCACAUUCUACUCCUCAUGACCUGGCUCAUCCCGUUUGUCGCGCCCAUCCUUGUGGUCUGGGUGCGAGCGCUGCUCACCGCGGGCUACACGACACCGUUCAACGGGGACCACAACUUCCUUCGGAUUCUCCCUAUCUUGGUUCUGUCGGAUAUGUGUUGGGGUGGGAAGUCGGUGCUUUCGCUUCCAAGUCCGCUGGUAGGAUGGGGGUUUGCUGGAACUGCCUUGGUGGUGUUCUUGGUGGGACCCAGGCAUGCGUACUUGGCGUACGACAUGGUCAAUGUGCAGAUCGGUGUCGUUAUUGUUGUAUUUGCUCUCCUUAGGGGCGCUCCAUCUCGUUCAUAG